UAUAAACAAACGCGGUGGUACAGCGCGACGUAUUUGUGAACAAUGAUUUGCGUUAGAGAUGAUUUCGUGUUUAGUUUACUAUACUAAUAUAGUGUGAACGGAGAAAGGUACUUUAGGACGUAGACCAUCCGAUUUCUGUAACAUGGAGAGGACAAAACCUUCUACUAAACCUCUUUCAAAUACAUAGUUUAUCCUGUUAGUUAGUAGCGGGUUUUAGUUGUAAUCAUGUUGACAGGAUCUAAAACCACCUUUAAAGUGAGACAAAUGGUGCCAGACAUGAAGGAGAGGAUGCUGAGUCACAGUAACUUUCAUGCACGGGGGAGAGAUGUGCUCGGCCUCUGCUGUUUACCAGGAGAGUGUGUGCUGCAGCGAGCCGUACUGGUGAGGAAGAAGCUGUCGGCUAAAGAAGGAGGUGGCUGGUUGUCUGGGACUCUGUUCUGUACUCAUUUCAGAGUGGCCUUCGUGCCUCAGGACAGCAGGAAACCUGACGACAAUGCAGAUCCUGUGCUGCUUGGAGACCAUGAUGUUGCUCUCGCCUCCAUCGACAAAGUCGUGGCAGUGGGACCAUCUCGCUCCAAACUGGUGACCCCCAGCUGUUCUCUGAAGUUCACCCCAGAGGAACUGGUGCUGUACUGCCGAGACCUGCGUGUUCUGUGCUUCCUGUUCGACAGACUCACACCAGACACCCAGGCUGAGGAGAUUACAUACACAAUUGCAAAGACCUACCAACCACUGAAACCUGGGACCAUCCUGUCCUUCCAGAAUGCUGCUUUGGGUAGUAUUGAAAUGAAGCAGUUUCUAAGCAACAGGCGGCGUGAACCUGACAUGAACUGGUUUGAGUGUUCAGCGGAUUGGGAGCAGGAGCUGGAGAGGACUGGAGCCACCGGCUGGAGGGUCAGCUCUGUCAAUGACCGCUUUGAGAUGUCCACCAGUCUUCCCAGAUUCAGUGUGGUUCCUCAGAGGGUUCUGGACACAGAGCUCAAGAAAACAUUUGCCCACUUCAAUGAGGGACGAAUCCCACGAUGGUGCUGGCGACAUCCACGUGGCAGCAACUUACUACGCAUGGCCAGCUUCCAAAAUAACAUCUACCAUGAGAAGGACGACAUCAGGAAUCUGGAGUUGGUGCUUUUUGGUGGUCAGCAGCUGUGUGUCAUUGUAGAUCUGGGAGAGGAAAUGCCAUCACCUGCAGACAUUCAACUGGCUCAUACGAGACUUCGAACACUUUGUUUGGGCGACAUUUCGUCAUCUGUAUCAGUUCCAGAUGACAAGUGGCUUUCUACACUUGAAAGCACUCGCUGGCUAGACUAUACCAGGUGCUGUCUGAGAAAAGCCGCUGAGGUUGCUUGUUUGCUCAGGGGUGGUCACAUGACUGUUGUUCUCCAAGAGCCGGAGGAUCGGGACAUGAACUGUGUGGUGUGCAGUCUGGUACAGGUGAUGUGUGACCCUCACUGCAGGACUGUUGUCGGAUUCCAGGGUCUGCUUCAGAAAGAGUGGAUAACGGCCGGACACAAAUUCCUCAGCCGGAUCAACUACCACCGGGACUGUGAUAAAGAGGAGGCCCCUGUGUUCCUGCUGUUCCUGGACUGUGUAUGGCAGCUGUGGGCGCAGUAUCCGGCACGCUUCCAGCUGACAGAAGACUACCUAUUGGCGUUGCAUGACAGUGUACAUCUUCCACUCUUCAGUAGCUUCCUAGCCAACUGCCAGAGAGAGAGAUGUCGACGUUCACAGCAUCUUCCUCAGAGCUACACGCCAGUAAAUGGCCUGAGAGAAUUACCAAUGGGGGCCCCAGAGGAGCCUGUAGACCCGCCUUUUCCUCCGGUGUGGGACUGGGCCCUGCAGUACAGCAGCCAGAGACGAGCUCGCUUCACCCAGCCCGUGUCACAGCCCGCCUGCCCUCCACCUGUACUUAACGGAAACCUCAAUACAAACCUUGACCGUAGCUGGCACAAUGAUGGACUGCCAGGUUCUGUGUUCUUGCUGUCUCGGAGCUCUUUCUCAUGUCCCUCAAACCUGCUCCCUUGGAGGAGUGGGAACUCGGGCUCUUAUUGGAAGAGCCACCGCAGGGCCCCAUCCUCUGAGGGUUUGUCUGGACUUGAGCGUCUCAUUAGAGCCUGUUCACUCUCUGAAACCUCAGACAGCACCACAACCCUCCAUGAUCCAUAUGAACCAUUGCUGCCCCUGCUGUUAGGACCCUGUGUGAGAGUUUGGAGGGGCUGCUAUUUACGGGGUGCACUACAUGCUCAGGCCUUCUCACACCCCAUGUUUUCCUGCAGCCAGCAUCCAUUAGAGCAGCUGGCCUGGGAGGUGCAGCAGCUCCGAGACAAACUGGCUCAGGCUUCAGACAGACCCCAUCAAAACCAGAGCAAGCGACGGGAGCCACAGCACCUGGAGUCCAACCUCAACCAGAAUGCCAACAAUGGGACCUUCCUCUUCUCCUCUUCCUCUAGAACAUCUCAACAACAGCCAUCGCCUGGAAGAGGAUCAGUACAGUCCUCCAUCGCACCCAGAGCACAACGGACCGCAUCAGAUCCACCCAGGGCUGCACAGAAGAAUAACGGCAAGCACACGUUCCUGUUCGGCCACCAAGAGCCUCAGUCGGUGCCGCGUUACGGUUCCUCCCCUAGUGCCAAACUCCCCAAACACAAGGGAAACUCACAUUGAUAUGUAGGAAGCAGAGACAGCACCCUCUGGUGUUUGUGGUACUGAAGCACUCUAACGGGGUUUGAAAUAUGGUACAAACUAAAAACUGAACUGAAGCCGUACAUGUUGCACACCAAGUACGUGUAUUUGAAAAAGGCUCUGUUUGAAAUUAGCUUUUUUGUAUAAGCAUCUUUAAAGUGUUGAAGGAAAAACAGCUUAGCAAAAACCGUGCAAAAUUAUCAAAAAAAGGAAAAAAGAAAAAAGCAUGAAAUUCUUCCUCCUUUUUUAACUUUAAUGAGCAAGAUGAAGUUACAUAGUCCAGAGAAAGCUGUAGUUUCAGCUGGGCUGUUUUAAAGGAAUAGUUCACCCAAAAAUGAAAAUUCUGUCAUUAUUUACUAACCCCGUAUGCAAUAAUUGUUUUCAGUUGAACACACAAAAAAGGAUUUUUUAUGUAGUUAUUUUCCAUACAACAACAGUUCAUAGUCCACAUCUGUACAAUUAGUCUACAUGACUUAUACAGUUGUGCUCAAAAGUUUGCAUACCCUUGGAGAAUUGUUAAUAUAUGUACCAUUUUUAAAGAAAACAUGAGUGAGCAGGCAAAACACAUUUCUUUUAUUUCUUACGGGAUUCAUAUUCAACUGUAGGUUAUAACAGAAUGGCACAAUCAUAAAACAAAACAUGGCAACAAAGAAAAAAAUGAAAUGACCCCUGUUCAAAAGUCUGCAUACCCUUAGUUCUUAAUACUGUGUAUUGCCCCCUUUAGCAUCAAUGUCAGCGUGCAGUCUUUUGCAAUAGUUGUCUAAGAGGCCCCAAAUUCUUGCAGGUGGUAUAGCUGCCCAUUCGUCUUGGCAAAAUGUCUCCAGGUCAUGCAAAAUCUUUGGUCGUCUUGCAUGAACCGCACGUUUGAGAUCUCCCCAGAGUGGCUCGAUGAUAUUAAUGUCAGGACACUGUGAUGGCCACUCCAGAACCUUCACCUUUUUCUGCUGUAACCACUGGAGGGUCAACUUGGCCUUGUGCUUAGGGUCAUUGUCAUGCUGGAAAAUCCAAGAGCAUCCCAUGCGCAGCUUUCGUGCAGAAGAAUGCAAAUUGUCUGCCAGUAUUUUCUGAUAACAUGCUGCAUUCAUCUUGCCAUCAAUUUUCACAAGAUUCCCCGUGCCUUUAGAGCUCAUACACCCCCAAAACAUCAGUGAGCCACCACCAUGCUUCACAGUGGGGAUGGUAUUCUUUUCACUAUAGGCCUUGUUGACCCCUCUCCAAACAUAGCGCUUAUGGUAGUGACCAUAAAGCUCUAUUUUGGUCUCGUCACUCCAAAUUACAGUGUGCCAAAAGCUGUGAGGCAUGUCAAGGUGUUGUCGGGCAUAUGGUAACCAGGCUUUUUUGUGGCAUUGGUGCAGUAAAGGCUUCUUUCUGGCAACUCUACCAUGCAGCUCAUUUUUGUUCAAGUAUCGUCAUAUUAUGCACCUUGAAACAACCACACUGUCUUUUUCCAGAGCAGCCUGUAUUUCUCUUGAGGUUACCUGUGGGUUUUUCUUUGUUUCCCGAACAAUUCUUCUGGCAGUUGUGGCUGAAAUCUUUCUUGGUCUACCUGACCUUGGCUUGGUAUCAAGAGAUCCCCGAAUUUUCCACUUCUUAAUAAGUGAUUGAACAGAUUUAACUUUUUAUAUCCUUUUCCAUCUUUAUAAAGUUCCAUUACCUUGUUACGCAGGUCUUUUGACAGUUCUUUUCUGCUCCCCAUGGCUCAGUAUCUAGCCUGCUCAGUGCAUCCACGUGAGAGCUAACGAACUCAUUGACUAUUUAUACACAGACACUAAUUGCAAUUUAAAAAGCCACAGGUGUGGGAAAUUAACCUUUAAUUGCCAUUUAAACUGUGUGUGUCACCUUGUGUGUCUGUAACAAGACCAAACAUUCAAGGGUAUGUAAACUUAUGAUCAGGGCCAUUUGGGUGAUUUCUGUUAUCAUUAUGAUUUAAAAAGGAGCCAAACAACUAUGUGAUGAUAAAUGGCUUCAUAUGAUCACUAUCCUUAAAUAAAAGACAGUGUUUUUGCAUGAUCAGUCAUAUUUUCAAAAUCAAUGCCACAAUUUCACAAUUUCUGCCAGGGUAUGCAAACUUUUGAGCACAACUGUAUGCUUUAGUCCAAAGUCUUCUAAUUUUAUAUGAUAGUUUUGGUGCAUAUAUAGCUGUUCAACCGUGACAUCAGUUUGUAAGCAAACCAGGAAGGCUAAUUCGCAUGGGUUGCCUCUGGAUUUUCCUAGGGGUUUUUAUAAUGGGGUUUUUCAACUUAUGAGUAAAAUAAGGCGAUACAUGGAUGUUUUGUUCUACUACAUAAAUUCCACACUUUAUACCUCAAAUAUGAAUUUUGAAGCCACUGUGUGUUUGACAAAAAAAAAAAAAAAAAAAAAGAAAGUAUGCAGUUCAAUACAGCUUCAAAAUUCACAUUUAAGGUAUGACUGUGUCUAAUUUAUGUUGUAUAACAAAACGUCCAUGUAUGGUCAAGUAAUGUUUACCUCAUACCUUAUUUUACUCAUUAAUUCAAAACUACGAUUAUAAAAACCCAUAGGAAAAUCCAGAGGGAACCCAUGACAAAUUCAUUUCUGGGUUUUUGGACUUCAUCCUGAAUGGCUCUGUUGGAUGUCAUCUGCAUUCAAUAACAACAUGAUUGGUUAUUAAGUGUCUUGUAACCACAUGUCAUGACAUCAAACAUGUGGCAUUAGUGCCUUAUUUGAUCUGAGAACUGAAGGGGAGGUGAAGAUUAUUAGUUUUGACUUUUUAGUACAUGACACCCUUUUUUGUAUGUCAAAUAUGUGAAGAUUAUUUAAAAAGUAUUUUUUUUGGUGUUCCACUGGAAAACUAAAUAAUAGCAUUUGCAUUUGGAACGACAUGAAGGAGAGUAAAUAAUGCAGAAUUUUUAUUUUUAGGUGAACUUCCUUUUAGUAAAUAAGAACAAAAUAAAUAGUGUAAUAAUAGUGAUAAUAGUGAACUGUGUCUGCAUGUCAGAAGUUACGUGUUUAAGUUUCAUGCCAAAAUAUUGAUUUGGUACAUACAACUUUGGUGUUUGAUCAAGUUAGUGUUUGAACUAGUUUGUGCGCUUCAUGUUUUGCUGUAGUUUAUGGUACACGCUAGUAAAAUAGCGAUUUGUGUUUCCUCAGCCAAAAAGGCGGGAAAAUGGCUGCUAUCACUUUUGCAGUUCCCUGAACUGCCACUAGACAGAGACAAAAUAAUCAAACACAUCAGCCUCCGUGUUGAGCAAAUAAUAUAUAUUCGGAUUAUGCGUUCUUGCCUCUCAAUAUUCUGAAGCAAUGGCACAAUGUUGCAUUUUUGUAUUUUAUUCUAAGUAUUAAGACAAAAUAGGAAAGAAAGAAGAGAAAAUGUCUUUCACAUUAGAAACAUUAUUUCUAUGCUGCCUCUGCCAUUUCGAUGGAUUUUAAAGUGCUAUUUCAUCAUGAGUGUACGUACUGCAGUUUUUUGAUGAGAGGGAACUCAGUGUAUAGGGACUUAAUUCUCAUGUUAAAGGACAUUUUAUAUUCUGAUUUUAUUAUUUUAUUUUCUGUGUAUUUCUGCACCCUUUCUUUUUAAAACUGGAUCAGGACCAGAACCCUUUUCAACAAGAAUGAAAAUUCUGUCAUUAUUAACUCACCCUCACAUCAUUCCUAACCCAUAUGCUGUUAUUUUUUUACUGUGGAGCACAAAAGAAAAAGAAAAAACCUUUCAUGCAGCUCUCUGGCAUGUCAUGUUCAGGGUAUGAGGAACAGCAUGGAACAGAAUGAUGACAGAAUUUUCUUUUUUGGGUGAAUCAUUUCUUUUAGUAAGAUGGAAAGCUUUCAGGCACCUACAUGAUGUGAGCUACAAGAUGGGCCAGUUCAAUUCUCUCGUGUUUUCUUGAAGAUGAGUUACGUCACAGACAUCCGACAACAGAGUGACUCCAGAUGUUUGAGUCCUCCUUUUAGUAAUUUUUAACAUAUGGUACAUGUUUAGAUUUCAUCUGGAAUUAAUCGGUCACAUACCAGUGCAGUGCAAUUGCAAAUGUGAUUUUAAGAUUAUUGAAAGGGGACAUUGCAUAAACAUAUUUAGCAAGGUUUAACAACUAAACUUUGAAUUUGAUUGGUUUCUUGAAAAUGUAUUUGAUAACUAAAAAUAAGAUGGCACAAGAAUUGCUUCCAUUAUAUGAUAAGACCCAAUGCUUGUGCUUUGAAAAGGAGUUUCAAACCCUUUAAGUUAUUCAGUAUCGUCAUAAGUCAUUUCAAUGGUUUUAUACUUUUAAUCUUUGCAUCUGCAAAACAAGUAUAGAUCAUUGCCUGUUUUAUUCUUUUUCUUUUGUAACAACCUUUAUUGGCACGUUUUAGAUAAAUAAAUGCAUCUUAUACAGUA